AUGGAGAGGAGGCGGGCCUUGACUGGUUACCUGGGUCUGGCAUCUAAAGCCAGCAACAAGUUGGUGAUCACCUCAGUUGCCUUUCAAGAUCACAUCACACGCAGCCUGCUGCAUCCAGAUUUCCCACUUUCUGACCCUUUGCUGAGAUGCAGAAGAAAAGCACCUAGAAAAAGAGUGGAGGAAAGGACACUGCGGGCACAGGAUCACCAAGACGACAGGGAAUAUGUGCUUGAUUCUGCUCCACCUCCUUUAACAUUAGCUCAGAAGUUGGGUUUGGUGGCCUCCCCUGCAGGGAGACUGACAGAGGACGAAUGGACUCAGGUCAAGGCGAGGUCUGUUCAGCAGGGGGACUCAGCUCAGCCCUGUGCAGUAUGCAGGGAGGAGUUUCGCCUUCAUCCUCAGGUGUUGUUGUCUUGCUCUCAUGUUUUUCAUAGAGCAUGUUUGCAAGCCUUUGAGAGGUUUUCUGGGAGGAAGUGCUGCCCAAUGUGCAGAAAGGAGCAGUAUGAGACACGGGUGAUUCACGAUGCAGCUCGCCUCUUCAGACACCAGUCUGCCACCAAGAUUCAAGCAUGCUGGCGAGGCUAUGCUGCUCGAAAAAGAUACAGAAAAUUGAGAAAAUCCAUUUGCCCAAAGGACAAACAACUACGACGGAAAUUCUUUGAAGCGAAGUUGCAGGAGUUGAAUGACAGCUUUGUCCGAUACUGUCACACCGACACGGAGGCUUUUCUGAGUGAUAUCAACCGCUCCCUGUCAUCAAGCAGACGAGUGUUCCAGCAGCUGGAGAGAAAACACGUCUCCGAGCCUCAGGAGAGCGACUGGGACCGAAUACAGAGCCAGGUUAUCCACAGAGGCGUCUGGGACUGCCCCAUCUGCCUGACUGCAUUGUGCAGCCCGAGCCUCCCAACAGAAGCAGGCACAUCCAGCCAUCAACAACGUAGAUGCACCAUGCUUCUGUCCUGUUCCCAUGUCUUCCAUCAGUGCUGUCUAGAGGCCUUUGAGUCCUUUUCUAUAGAGAGCAGACCCUCCUGUCCCCUAUGCAGAUCUGUCUACCACAAAAAACUCAUCUAA